AUGAACGCCAAACAAGAUCCAACUGAUGGUAACAAAGCUGCUUUUAGAAAAUACUUGGAAGAUCAUGGUGUCAUUCGCCAGCUUACGCGCGUUCUUGUUGGACUUUAUGAGACUUCUGAACGCCCGCUGAACGCACUUGACUACAUCAAGCGGCAUUUAGGAGCUCCAACAGGUGUAGAAGUAGAUGCACUCCGGGCAGAAGUGCAGAAUUUGACAAAGGAAAAUGCUGCAUUGAAGGCCAAGGUGGAAUCUCUGCAACAGGAGGUGGCGCUUCUGCAACGCGAGCUCGCUGAUUAG